AUGGCUAAAGUUGGAUAUGAAGAUUUGUCCGGCACUUCCACUCCAGUGACUUCCAAUCCCUAUGAUAGUCUAAUUGCUGCCUGCCGCGGUGAUCCCAAAUUGAUUCAAGAACGGUAUAUACUCCACCGGGUCACUAGAAAUGGUCAACAGCGAGAGAAAAUUCUCCGCGAAGACUUUGAAGGAUGGACUCUUGACGAACACCUUGUGAAAUUAGAUGGUCCUCAGAAGGAUGCAUCAUACAUAGACCCUCGACACUGUCUUGUCUUCUGGGGAAGACCCCCUCAAAAGUUAAAGACGCUGGUAGAUGUCAUCCAAUCGAAGCUGAAGGAUGCAGCACCGGACCUCUGGCUAAUGCCGUUGGAGAACUUACACUUGACGGUCAUGGAAAUCGCUCAUUCCAAGACCGAAGGUGAGAUUGCAAAAUUGAUGGAUGACCUCCAACCUUAUUUCAAGGCAAUCGCCGAUCACACAAUGACUCAUCGUGCAAGACUUGUCAAACCUCUUUUGAGCUACGAUUCGGCCGCGCUCGCGCUGAGCUUUGUGCCCGCUGCGGGAGAAUCAGUGUCACAUGGGCGGACCGUGGAGGACGACAAGUACACGUACCAUCAUUUAAGGCGAGAUACCUAUGGUGCUCUCACGGAAGCCGGAAUUCAAGUCGGCUCGAGAUACGUGGUCCCUUCGGCGCAUCUCACAAUUGCGAGAUACAACACUCCUAAUGUCUUUGGCGGUGAUCCUCUGGACGGAAACAUCACCCUAGACAUGAAAAAGCGAAAGCAUUGGAUCAAUGAGAUCGACUUGAUCAACAAAUGGCUGGAAGCAGAAUACUGGCCUGUGGAAGGGGAACUGAUCAAACCUGGAGGUGAAUGGGUUGUUGGUGAUGAGAAAGGCCUCGAUUUUCGCAAUGGGAGACUUUGGUACGGUGGAGGUCAAACAAUAUAUCUAGGAGAAGGAUUUAUUCACGGUGAGAUUUGA